GUGCUCUGUUGCCGUGCUCAUUGAUUGUAAUGAGAUGGAUCUCUUCUCGUUUGUGGUGGUAGCCAUAUUGGAGUGAGUGUGAAGAUAGUUGCUCAUGUCUACGAUACAAAAACCAUCGGAUAAUGACGCUUGGGCGCUUUUGGCCCUAAAACCGGCUCCUGCUAGCCCUUCUAAGGUUCAAUGGAGCCCAGAAUCGAAAGGAACCGCCAUAGCACGUCUUGAAGGAAGAGAAUUUGAAUACAUGAUUCGGCAAAAUCGCAUUACUAUAGGAAGAAAUAGCAGUCGAGGCGAGGUAGACGUGAAUAUGGGACAUUCAAGUUUUAUAUCUAGAAGGCAUUUAGAAGUUUAUUUUGAGAGUCCACACUUCUUUAUGAACUGUAAUGGAAAGAAUGGAGUAUUUGUUGAUGGAGUUUUUCAAAGGAAAGGUGCACCACCGUUACAGUUGCCAAAAACAUUUUUUACUUUUAUCACCAAACUACUAUUUUUGAAAAGUCGCUGGAUACAUUAACUCUUGUGUUUUGUAAUAUGGCA